UUAUUAUUUAUUUUUUAUAUAACAAUUUUAUUUUCUAUUGUAAUGCCUUGUUUAUUAUUUUUGUGAAUACAGUAUGCGUAUGAAAUGGAUCCAAAACACAGUACAUUUUCUGAGACUGUUUUGCUAAAAAACCUUUCGGAAAUCGAGGAAAUAGCCGAAGAAAUAUUGGCUGACAAGGAACAAAUUAAAAACCUUGAUCAGAGGCGAAAUACCAAUAGGGAAGCUUUGACUGCCUUAAGGAAAUGCAAAGAUGAACCCAGUUCCAAAAAGUCCUGGAUGUGCUUAGGAGGCAUGUUUAUCAAAUACCCAACUGAUAGUAUCUCAGAUAUGCUGUUAAAAGAUCAAAAAGAAUUAGAGACAGAAAUAAAAAAUGUUAGAGAUGAUCUGAAGGCCAAGGUCUCAAAGUUGCAUCAACUUGAAGGUAACCAACUGCCAAAAGGUUUUGAUCUCACAGCACUGGAUAAAGAAGAACUAUCCAAAUUCACUGCAUUUCAACAGUGACAAGCAAAACAUUGAUGCAGU